AUUACAACACUCUCUUCGAGAUAUCUUAUGUACAAAUACGUAAAACCUAUUUGUUACUGCAAAACUAAUUCAAUAAAGAAGUGGACAUAAUGGAGAAGCAAAAAAUACCUAAGGAAAUAAAGUGUACACGAGAAGAGGAAAAAUCAGUGAUGCCUGUGUCGCAGCCAGUGCGUGCUAAGAGUUUGUUACGGGCAAACUUAGAAAACUCUCGCGGGAGAUUACUCUGUAGCAGAAUGCCCAAUAUUAAGGUAUUCAGUGGGACAUCUCAUCCUGAUCUUGCCCAAAGAAUUGUUGACAGGCUCGGAAUCGACAUUGGAAAAGUUGUCACGAAGAAGUUCAGCAACCUCGAGACAUGUGUAGAAAUAGGAGAAUCUGUCAGAGGAGAAGACGUGUACAUUGUACAAAGUGGAAGUGGAGAAGUAAAUGAUAAUUUGAUGGAGCUCUUAAUUAUGAUCAAUGCUUGUAAAAUAGCAUCUGCAUCCAGAGUAACUGCGGUCAUUCCAUGUUUCCCAUAUGCAAGGCAGGAUAAAAAGGACAAGGGAGGCGAUGGUGGUGACAAGACAAAUUCCAAUAAGAGUCAUAUUGUCAUGAAGUCAAACGAAUGGAAAUUCAGGGAUAUUCUGCCCGACCUGUCUACAAGUAGAGCACCGAUCUCAGCAAAAUUAGUGGCGAAUAUGCUGUCAGUGGCAGGGGCUGAUCAUAUAAUUACUAUGGAUCUACAUGCUAGUCAAAUACAAGGUUUCUUUGACAUUCCAGUGGACAAUUUAUUUGCUGAACCAGCCGUUUUAAAAUGGAUAAAAGAAAAUAUUGCAGAAUGGCGAAAUAGUAUUAUAGUUUCUCCAGAUGCAGGUGGUGCCAAAAGGGUAACGUCUAUUGCAGAUCGACUCAAUGUUGAAUUUGCACUUAUUCACAAAGAAAGAAAAAAAGCAAAUGAAGUAGCAAGUAUGGUACUAGUGGGUGAUGUUAAGGACAGAGUAGCAAUACUAGUUGAUGAUAUGGCUGAUACAUGCGGUACAAUAUGUCAUGCUGCAGAAAAACUUUUAGAGGCUGGUGCCACGAAAGUUUAUGCAAUUCUUACGCAUGGAAUUUUCAGUGGACCAGCAAUUAGUAGAAUCAAUAAUGCAUGUUUCGAGGCGGUCGUAGUAACUAAUACUAUUCCUCAGGAUGAACAUAUGAAAGAUUGCCCAAAAAUACAGUGUAUCGACGUAUCGAUGAUGUUUGCUGAAGCUGUAAGAAGGACCCACAAUGGUGAAUCUGUAUCGUACCUGUUCUCUAACGUGCCAUACUAGGUUAAAAAUUAGAACAUACUCUCCUAAGCUGAAUGAGUAAAAAGAAUGUAGUCUUUUUACAUUUGUUUAUUAUUAUUCUUAGUUUAGUCAAAAGACAUUGCCUUUAUUGGCUAACGAGAGAAUAGUAUUUUUAAAUUUAUUAAAUCAUUUUUUUUUUUGUUUGUUUUUUUUUUGUUGGUUUUUUUUUUUUUUUUUUUUUUUUUUUUUUUUUUUCUUUUUUUUUUUAGACAAUCAUUAGUAGAAAUAUAAUAUCUACUUUUAUUAUGUCAGAGUUUUCAGAAGGUAUGUUCGUAGCCAUUAGAUUAAUAAGUAGAUCUUUUGUGAUCUAAUUGUGUGUUAUUAUAUGUCUGCUAGAGGAUAAGAAAAUGCAUAAGAAUCACUCCGAUAAUAAUGUCUGAUUUAAACAAUCAGUAAAUAACAUAUAUUGACUUCAUUAUGCGAACUUUAAUUUACAUAAUAGCAUUUAUAAAUGCCUCAGAAUGAAAUCAACAUAAUAUAAAAAUGUGCUUUUACAAAAGAUAGUUUAUAGUACUCAUUUGUAUUGAUUUUACUUUUACAAAGAUUUGAGUACGAAUGUCUGAAACAAGAGCUGAUAUUUUCAUUAGUUCUAAUAUGUGCUCUAGAUUAUUAUAAGAAUUUUACGAUGGAUAAUUAAUAAGAAAAUAAUAAUUGAGCCAUGUACUAUUGGAAAUAUCUUACCAUCAUAUAUAUAUAUAUACAAAUGCAAGAUCUGCAAUAUAUAAACUAUUGAUAAAUUAAUAUCAAUCUGACAACCCAGUAAGCUAUACAAAAAUACAAAUUAAUAUGCAAAUUGCGGUAAUUAAAAAUUUUUUAUAUAUAUUAUAUCAAUAUUCGCCACACACUUUUAAUAUUUUAAUAUUAAUAAGAGUUUUUUGAAUAAAGAAAGUAAAUCAUUUGUAUUGAAACGUUACUUAUAUAAAACGUUUUUCUUAUUACAAAUACAUUAAUUGCGAAUUUAAAAUAAUCAUACCUGCAAUUUAUCUCGGACCAAUAAAAGAAAUAAACAUAAUUCAAUAUGUAUGUAUACCAAAUUGUGUCUAAGAAAAUUUGUUUUUGCUUAAAAAUAUUGCUUAUUGUUGUUAAACUGGGUAUUACAAUAAAAAAAAAAAAAAAACCAAAGCAAUA